AAUAAAGGAUGGUCGUGGUGGUGAAUCACACGCGCGAAGACCCGGAGGACGAGAUGCAACCGAUCGAUCCUCCGGAGAUGAUGGACACGGCGAGCACCAUCUCCGAGCUGCAUCCAAUCCUACCCAUGAAAGACGGAGAGAAACAUCCGAUGAUGGCCAGAGCGUACAGACCUGUAAUAAAUGCGAUGAAGGCUGUGCCUUUGACCAUCAAGGACAUGACGACUGCUAUAGAUCUGCUGGAGACUGCGGUUCUUCAACAAAACAUGCCGCUGAUGAAGGAGUGCGUGAGGAACGUGGACAGAUUGCUGAACAGAGAGAACGUGCUGACGGUCUUCAGGAAGUUGGGAUGGUUCAAGAGGAUGAAACCUACGGAAUUCGAGCCGUCCGCGCCGCCUCUUGUGGAAGACGAGAGGCUGAGGGAUACGGAUUGGAGCGAGGACAUCCUCGAGAAUUUGUGUCACAAUUGUCUUCUGCUCAUCGACAAAGAGGCUGAGUACGUUUUGCAGAGUCCCGAGUUCGUUGAGCUGGAUUACAUGGAGGUUUACGAGUUGUUGGUGAGGGAUUCGCUGGAGGUGCAGAGCGAGAUGAGCGUGUACGUGGCCGUGUACGAUUGGGCGAUGGUGAGGAUCGAGCAGAGGAAUCUCGGGCCGGAGAGGAUGCCCGAAGUCCUCAGGAAACUCCGCUUCACGCCCAGGUAUUGCCUGAUGAGCAGGAAGGAGUUUCACGGGAAGUUCUACGGUGUUAUAAAGGGGCCGACGAAGAGCGGCAUGUUGAAGCCGAUGGACGUGCAGAGGAUACGUUACUUCUUGGAGGAAAAGUCCAGAGGGAAGAAACCGCAACCGCCGGAUCAGUACCAGAUACGGAAGAGGUGUCCCGGCAAGCAGAUUCCCAAUGAGCUCAGUGAGAUCAGUCUGCAGAGGCACAAGGAACUCAUCGCCUCGCACAAGUCUAAACCGUCGAAGAAGGACACCUGGAUCAUCAACUUCCUCACCUGCUGGACGGCCGUUUUCGAUUGACUGUGCGCCUCUUCCCGCGACGACACCUACAUACGUUACUAGCGGGUCUUCAUCGGAUCAAAUCAUCAUCAUCAUCAUCACCAUCAUCGUCGAUCUCAUCACGUAAAUCUCUCGUCACAAUUACUUAAUUGCAUGUGUAAUUUAUACCAAAAACUUGAACCAUUAUAUCGAUGUUACCCACUUAUCUCUAAUAGUUAGUUAAUCGUAGUAAUCAUAACCGUUUUCAGUUUGUUCUU